GAUCCAAACCACACUGAGAUGGAUCAAGACAGGACAGACUGGAUGAUGGCAGUGGAGAAGAUGACCAGCAGCUCCUGUGGAAGGUUGAAUUUCUUGAGUUGCUGCAGGAAGUUCAGUCUGUACUGGACCUUCUUCUGAACAUUGUCUAUGUGUGAGGACCAUCUCAGGUUUCGAGAAAUGGUCCAGUGUACCAGCUGAUCCACCUCCUGUCUGUAUGUAGACUCAUCACUCUCCUGGCUCAGUCCAAUAACAGUAGUGUGAUCUGCAAACUUCAGGAGUUUCACAGACGGGACCACUGAGGUCCAGUCAUCUGUGUAGAGGGAGGAGUGGGGAGAGAACACACACCUGGUGGGUGCUGGUGCUGAUGGUUUAUAAGUGGGAGAAGAUGCUCCCCAGCCUCACCUGCUGCAGACAGUCCUUCAGGAAGCUGGAGAUCCACUGCCAAGUGGAGGCUGGGAUUGAGCUGGAUGAGCUUUGACAUGGUUUUAACUUUUUUAACAAAAAAUCUGACAUGUGUGCCCUACAUUUGUCUGAUGCCCCUUUACUUUGAAACUUCUGAAAAUAAUCCAGUACAACCACACGCUGUCAGAAGUCAUCUAGUGAGCAAACGGAGUCCAGCUGUGUGUAAUUUUAAUCUCAGAAUGCAUGCAGCUGUGAAAGUUUGCUAGAGAACAUUAGAGCAUCAAGAAUAUCAAGUAGUACAGUAGACAUGUAAGGGAGAAAGAUGUGCAGAAGUUUACAGCAGGGGUAGGUUCUAAAAUAGUAUCUCAAACCUUGAACAUCUGACAGAAAGCAUUAACCAGAGAAACAGUCAAGACGCCCACGGUAACUCUAAAGCAGCCGCAGAAAUCUAGAGCUCCAGCUGGGAAAAUCGCUGAAACUGUGAGCCACAAGUCUGGCCUUUAAGGAAGAGUAGCAAGAAAUAGAGCCGUAAGAAGUUCUGUUUGGUACAAGCAUUAUACCGGAAACAGCAAACAUUUGGAAGAAUGUCCUCUGCUCAGCAGGGACAGGGAAGCUGGUCAGAGUUGAUGGGAAGAUGGAUGGGACUAAAUCCUGGAAGAAAACCUGCAGAAGAGAAUAAACAGGGGAGUCAAGCUUUUUUCUCAUCAUCUAUAAACUCAUGUUUGAACAACUUUCUUACACAAAUCUCACAGAUAAUGGCACUUUGUUUAGCUUUUACUUCACAAGGACACAAGUACCCAACUUUUCUGUUGAUUUAACCAAAACACAAAUACAUUUUUAAGGUACUUUAUUGACAAAAUCCUUAGAUUUCUAUUGGAGCAUACUUUGAACCAUACACAGAAUAUCUAUCUGUAAUGUAAGGAGCAACACUGUUAUGAUCUUUUAGCAUAUCACUGGUCAAAGGCUUACAAUCCUUUAUUAUGGCCGUUAAUGUCAUAUUAAUUGUAGGCUUUUGGAUCAUUCUUUAUCCAGAGUUAAAUGAUUACAUGACAAACAAUUUCUGUUAUUUAAAAAAAUUAAAUUAGGUAUAUUAGUUUGAAUCAAUCGUGAAUUUUCUUUCAUUCACACAGGGUCAAAAUGAUUCAUGCAAGCUCAAAUAUUUACAUAUGCCUCUACAUGUAACUGUUAAAUGUUGUCGGCAAAUUAUACAGUUUAUGUAGCCUCUGAAAUGUUUUUGGUUGGGUGUUUCUUAGGACUUCUUGGCAGAAUUAGUAGAGUUUAUUCACGUUAGGGUGUGAAAGAGUGGCUCUAGGAGUGGACCCAAGGCCAAGGUAGGCAGCAGCAGAAUGGUGAGUACAAACACUUAAUAAGAAUGAAAGCUUGGGGUUUGCGGGGUCUUUGGCGUGCUGUGGUGGCCUUCCUCUGAUGCUUCUCUCUGUGUCUCUGGCGCCUGGCCUGGAGCCGGGCUGGGGUCGCAGUCGGGUGGGUGGGGUGGUCGAGCGUGCCUUGUACCUGCACUGGAACAGCUGGCGGGCUGUGCUUGGCUUGGGGCGGUUGGUCUGCCCAGGUACGGGUACCUGGUUAGAGCAUGCUUCUCUCCCAUGGACGGGUGGGCUGGGCCUGCUGGCAUUGGCCGGAUGGUUGGGCAGGCUUGGCUGUGUACUGCUCCGCUGGCUGUCGUGUCAGGGGGGCGGGUUACGUCCUCUUUUUGGAUGUGUGGUCAAUGGCAUUUGGAUUGGCUGAGCUGUUACAGUGAAGCUGACCUGGUUGGUGUUUGGGGCAGGUCUGUGGCUCCUCACACUUGUCAUUGCAUAUUUGUAUGGAGAAACCUUGUAUACACAAACGCGCUCACACUCAGACCUACAGGUGUUUAAAUUCAGGUGUUAACAGAUACACAAAUGUUCUACAUUGAGCUAAAGUUACCACUAAAUACAUCUUGCAUUCAUUAGUACCGUGCACCUUUCGGUAGCGUUGCUGUUAUUAUGUUUGUUUCUGCAGGUGUAGAAGCCAGCAGGGUGUUAUCUUGUAAUUUCUUCAUCCUUCUUUCUCUCCUCCAUUCUUUUCUUCUUCUCUUCCUUUUUUCUUUUUGCCCCAUCUCUCUCUCUUUCAUGCUUCUUUAUAAAGGAAACUUUAUGGUUGGGUUGUUGAGGAGAAGAAUGUUUCCAGCGUGGUGCUAAAAGAGUUUACAUUACAUUAUAAAGCUGAAUGAACUGACUUAAGCAGUACUGAUUAAAUCUUAUUUAAAAAAAUAACUCUGCCUUAUCUGACUUGUGCGACCAGUUCCCUCUAAAGGCUCAGUUAGACUAUCUUCAGUCAGAAGGCAUUAGUGCAGAUGUCUAAACGCUCAACAUGUCUUUCUGUUAAAGUCAACUGAAACCAUCCCUCACAAGAGGAGUUGCUCUUUCCCCAUGGCUCCUCCCAGGCGGGGCGUCACGCUUCUGUAUAAAACAUGAGAGAGAUGCUCCGGUGAACCUGCUGGGACCUUCAGUUCCUCCAGCUCCUGAUCUGUUGCCUCCAGUCAGGACCUCCUCCUCCUCCUGCUCCGGGACCAGCAUCAUGGAAAGCUCCAGGGUGCUCCAGGGGCUGCUGCUCCUCAGCCUGCUGUCGGUCCUGUGUCACGGCGAGGUGUCACAGGAAGUCUCUGCGGAGGACUUUGAGGUUGAGAAGCUGGACCCAGCAGCAGACAGAGACCUGGUAGAAGCUCUUGAGGUUCUGCUGGGUCGGAUCCACAGCCGUGUCUCUUCCACAGAGAAAAGAGGGAGCAUCCCACUGUGUGGGAUGGGGGACCGCUGUGCCAUGAAGUUUGGUCCCCGAAUCGGGAAACUCUGUGACUGUGGAAGAGGAGCCAAUUGCAACUCGUACCUGCUAAAAUGCAUCUGAAGAACAUCUCCUUCAAACUGUCUGCAGGACCAAACAUCCUUCAGCUCUACGCCUGGUCUCCCAAUUACUGUCCAUAUCCAGCAUCAUUUAUCUCCCUUUGUGUUCUGCUGUUAGUGUUGUUCUGACUGCUGCUGCCUGAGGACAAGCAUAUGUUUUCUACUCCUGACAGUGGCCUAAAGCACGCAAAUGUUUCCUGUCAAAUUAAUUAAUAAACUGUUGGGAGUUAUGAUUA